AUGGGUUUUCGUUUACCUGGUAUGAAAAAGGCAUUAUUUGCAGCAAAUCAAGUGUCUUCAAAAGCAGUGGAAGCACCAAAGGGCUAUCUUGCCGUCUAUGUUGGAGAGGAAAUGAAGAGGUUUGUAAUCCCAGUCUCAUACUUGAACCAACCUUCCUUCCAGGAGUUGUUGAGUCAUGCUGAGGAAGAGUUUGGAUAUGAUCAUCCCAUGGGUGGCCUCACAAUUCCUUGCAAUGAAGAUGUCUUCCGAUUUAUAACUUCUUCCUUGAAUUGCCAAUAA